AUGGAGGCCGAGCAUUACAUGGAUAACUUUGUGGCUUUCAAGAAAGGCAAUACUGGAGUGGGCAGUAAGCAUGAUGAAGGACAACGUUGUGAAUCCGCUAAUGGGCUAUGUUUGAAACAAACCAAUCCGAGCCAUGCAGUGAGAUUGGAUGAAGAUGUUGUUGGUUUGUCUCUCCAAGAAAACAACAUUCCAUCCGACAGGGGUAGGGCCGAAUGCUCACCACGUAAAGCCUCACUCCCCCUCAGCCUGAGAACUAAUCCAAUUCCAUUGCAAGAUUGCACAAACAGUGUUCCCAAUUCUAAUCCACAAGUAUCCAUUCGAACCUGGAAGAAGUUGGCCCGUGAACCAGGUGGUGGCUGGUUCCCAGCACCACCGGGCCCAAUGAGUUGCCUUAGCUGGAACUGUCGUGGGCUUGGGAACCCACAGACAAAAGAUGAACUAGUUACGUUGGUACGUAACAAAGAUCCCAAGCUGAUUUUCUUAAUGGAAACCAAGGUUGAGAAAUCAGUUUUAGUACGAAUUGGUAGAAAGAUACAUUAUGCUAAUCUUUUUGAGGUUCCACGUCAUAACACUGGGGGUGGUCUUGCUUUGUUUUGGACUGCUGAUUCUAAUGUGGAUGUUCAAUCUUUUUCAGAAAAUCAUAUUGAUGCUAUUAUUGACCAUGGAGUUGAUGACGCCUGGCGGUUCACUGGUUUCUACGGAGACCCUGAGACCACCAGCCGGGAAAACUCCUGGUCCAUGCUCAGAACUUUGAGUACACGGUUUACUCUCCCUUGGUUGUGUAUUGGUGAUUUUAAUGAAAUCUUAUAUGCAGAUGAGAAACAGGGUUGGCUUGAUAGACCGGAGAGGCAAAUGCAGGGUUUUCGUGAUGCUCUUGAUUUUUGCAGGUUGAAGGAUUUGGGGUUUAAUGGCUUCCCAUUCACAUGGUGUAACAGGCGCCCAGGAAAUCAAAAUGUUUGGAUUCGAUUGGAUAGAGGGGUUGCUACCGUUGAUUGGAUUCUGAAAUUCCCUACCUCCAGAAUUCACCAUUUGGAUGCUUUUCAUUCUGAUCACAAGCCUAUACUCCUAAGCCCAGAUCUAGAACAAAACCGGUUUUAUAAAAAAGGACGUCCUUUCUGGUUUGAAGCCAUGUGGUUAAAGGACAGGUCCUGUGAAGAGGUAAUUCGAGAUUCUUGGGGAGUUGGGAUGGUACAAGCCACGGCAUGGGGUUUCAAUAGCAAAAUUUCUACCUGCCAAACAAAUCUUAGAGUGUGGAAUAAAAAGACUUUUGGCCAUGUUCGACAUUCUCUAAAGAAAAAAUUAGCUGAGUUGAAGUCGGAGGAGGAGAGUGGAGGGUACAGAAACAAUCCUUUUCGGAUUCAGGAGUUACGAGACGACAUCCAACAGUUACAAGCACGAGAGGAGUGUAUGUGGAAGCAAAGAUCUAGAAACAGAUGGCUUAAGGAAGGGGACAAGAACACAAGAUAUUUUCACUGUAGAGCAAAUCAAAGGAAUAGGCGGAAUUUGAUUACAGGAUUGGAAGAUGACAAUGGAAUUUGGGUAGAAGAUGAGGUCGGCUUGGGGAAGGUGGUGGAGGGCUAUUUCGAUCAAAUUUUCACCAGUUCAAAUCCGCAUGGUUUUGACACUAUCUUGUGUGGUAUCCAAAGUGUUGUGGGGAUGGAUUCGACUGAGCAGUUAGAGGGUGAUUUACAAGCUAGUGAAGUCAAAGAAGCUCUCAAUCAAAUGGCCCCCCUCACAGCCCCUGGUCUUGAUGGUAUGUCUCCUGUAUUCUAUAAGUCUUUCUGGCACAUUGUAGGGGAAGACGUGACUGCAGUGGUGCUCCGAGCCUUAAACUCAGGUCUUGUUCCAGAAUCCAUAAAUACUACUUUCAUCACCCUCAUACCCAAAAUUAAAAACCCCAAGAAAGUUUCAGACUUUAGGCCAAUAAGUUUGUGUAAUGUCAUCUAUAAACUUAUUGCUAAAGUGGUGGCUAACCGUUUGAAAAAGUUUCUAGCUAUUUCUGUGCCAGAUUCGCAGAGUGCUUUCCUUUCAGGUCGGUUGAUAUCUGAUAACAUUCUUGUGGCUUUUGAGACGCUUCAUUAUUUGAAGAGAAAAACACGAGGCAAAAUGGGUUUUAUGGCUCUAAAGCUUGAUAUGAGUAAAGCUUAUGACCGGGUGGAGUGGAGUUUUGUGGAGGCAAUAAUGCAACAUUUGGGGCUUGGGGAGAGGAUGAGAAGAAUAAUUAUGUCAUGCAUGAAGUCAGUGUCGUACUCAAUUCUUCUCAAUGGGCAGCCAGUUGGAAACAUUAAACCCUCUAGGGGGCUCCGCCAAGGUUACCCUUUGUCACCGUAUCUGUUCCUAUUGUGUGCCAUAGGUCUACAAGGCUUAUUGAAAAAGGCAGAGAUGGAAGGUAGGGAAGUUCUCAUUAAAGCUGUCAUUCAAGCCAUACCAACGUACACUAUGGGUUGUUUCAAGCUACCCAAAGGGUUGAUCAAAGAGCUAGAAGUCCUUAUUAGGAAGUUCUGGUGGGGCUAUAAUGAUGAUUCAAGGAAGGUGCAUUGGGUUAGUUGGGAGAGGUUAUGUGAGGCAAAAGAAGUGGGUGGAAUGGGUUUCAAAGAAAUUGAGAAGUUCAAUGACGCUCUCCUUGCUAAGCAAGUAUGGCGGAUGAUGCAAAACUCGGAGUCCCUUUGCUUUAGGGUCUUCAAAGCCCGUUUCUUCCCAAAUUGCUCUAUUCUUGAUGCCAAGGAGUCAAAUACCGGAUCCUAUGCAUGGAAGAGCAUUCUUGGUGCUCGGGAUGUUAUUAGAAAGGGUAUGAUGUGGCGUAUUGGGAAUGGUCAAUCUGUUCGAAUUAAGGAAGACAAGUGGCUCCCGGUAAAAUCAAGUAGAGUAAUCCUCUCCCCUCUCCCCUUAGUUAUGGCGGAAACUAAGGUCAGCUCUCUUAUCAAUCUAGAGCUGGGUGUGUGGAAAUCUGAGGAGGUUAACCGGGUUUUUCUACCUCAUGAAACUUCUUUGGUAUUGGGGAUUCCACUUAGCCACAGAAAACCCCCUGACCGUGUGACUUGGGCAUGCACUCCAUCAGGGGAGUAUAGCACAAGCAGCGCCUAUAAAUUGCUAGCUGCCUCGGCUUCAACAGCCCAUGCAAGUUCAUCCAACCAGGCCUCUCAGAGAAGUUUUUGGAAAGGAAUUUGGAAGCUGCAGGUGCCCAACAAGAUUAAACACUUCGUUUGGAGAGUUUGUAACAAUGCUCUGCCUACCAAGUGUAACCUGAAGCGGCGUCAUAUUACAGAGUCAGACUUGUGCGAGUUGUGCAAAGAUACCCCGGAAGAUGCCUUUCAUACACUGUGCUUUUGCAGCCUCGUAGCCCCUGUGUGGCAACCUUUCCACUGGUUCCAAACCAUGAUAUCUCCCCCUCCCCUUAAUUUCUGUGAUUUACUUAACAAGCUUUUGCAGGUUCGGGAUGAUCUCAGAACAGAGUUGUUCGCAACAAUCGCUUGGUGCUUGUGGAACAGACGAAAUGCUCUUCAUUUUGGUCGCCCAGCUAAUCCCAUGGUGAAUAUCAGUUUCGUUGCUAGUGCACUGGUACAGGAAUUCAUUGCUAGCCAGAUUCCAGAAAUCCCUAUCCAUCAACCUUCUGCUCAGCAUCAAUGGCGCCCUCCAGAACCAGAUGCAGUCAAAGUGAACUUCGAUGCGGCACUCUUCAAACGGACGAACUCAGCUGGUAUUGGCAUCAUCGUACGUGAUUGGAGAGGAGUUUCCCUUGCUGCCUUGUCCAUGCCUAUUCCGCUAUCUUCAUCAGUUGCUGAUAUGGAAGCGCUGGCCUGUCUCAGAGCGGUCCAAUUAGCAGCAGAGUUGGAGUUUCAAUGCGUAAUCUUUGAAGGUGACUCGGCCACAGUCAUUUCUGCAGUAAACCAGGGGUCUUCACUACUAUCUUCCUUUGGAAAUAUUGUUGACGAUAUUCGGUAUUUACUUCCUAGUUUUUCUUCAGCUACUUUUAGUCAUGUCAACCGCACUGGUAAUUUAGUUGCGGAUGCUCUCACAAAAAAGGCUUCUUCCAACGUAGGUAGCCAAGUUUGGAUGAAUGCUUUACCUUCAGACAUUGCCGUUUUGGUAGACUUUGAUGUUCAUUAG